GCGUGAACGCCACACAACACGCCUGUCGGAUGCUCGUCGCGAGCAGAUGUGAGAGGUGUAAAACAAUGAGCAGCUCCUUUAUCUGAAGCUCUUAUUUUAUACUCUGCUGUGUGUGUGUGUGUGUGUGUGUGUGUGUGUGUGUGUGUGUGUGUGUGUGUGUGUGUGUGUGUGUGUGUGUGUGUGUGUGUGUGUGUGUGUGUGUCAAAGUCCAGGCUGCAGCGGUGUGUGUGUGACAGCUUCAGAGUGAGUGUGUGCUGAUGAUCAUGGAGGAGCAGAAGAAGAAGAAGGUUCUGUGUGUGGGCCUGGUGUGUCUGGACAUUAUAAACGUGGUGGACAAAUAUCCGGAAGAAGACACUGACAGCAGGUGUCUGUCUCAGCGUUGGCAGCGAGGAGGAAACGCUUCAAACUCGUGCACGGUGCUGUCGCUGCUCGGAGCCCCCUGCGCCUUCAUGGGCUCUCUGGCUGCUGGACCCGUGGCCGAUUUUAUUUUGGAGGAUUUUCAGAAGUUCCACAUCGACGUGUCUCUGGCAUCUGAGCACGCUCAGUGUGUCCUUCCAGCCUCCAUGGUGAUCAGCAACAUCAGCACAGGAAGCCGCACUAUCCUGCAUAUGAACAGGAACCUUCCUGAUGUCACGGCUGAGGAUUUCUCCAAAGUUGACCUCCACCAGUUCAAGUGGAUCCACUGGGAGGGCAGAAAUGCUGUCGAACAGGUGAAGAUGAUCCAGCAGGUAGUGACGUAUAACGGCACGCUGCCUCAGGAGCAGAGAAUCACCGUCUCUGUGGAAAUAGAGAAGAUUAGAGAGCCGCUGUAUCAGCUGUUUCCUCACGGUGACGUGGUGUUUGUCAGUAAAGACGUUGCUCGACACUUUGGCUUCCUAUCAGCUGAAGCUGCUCUGAGAGGAUUCUACAGCCGAGUCAAACAAGGGGCCGUCCUGAUAUGUGCCUGGGCAGAGAAAGGAGCAGAUGCUUUGGGUCCUGACGGUGUUCUCGUUCACUCGGAUGCAUUUCCUCCUGAAAAUCUUGUCGACACUCUUGGAGCCGGAGACACUUUUAACUCUGCCGUCAUCUUCACGCUGUCCAACGGUGGAAGUUUGCAGGAUGCUCUGACCUUCGGCUGCAGAGUCGCUGGUGCAAAAUGUGGUUUUCACGGUUACGACGGCAUUGCUGAGAAGUUCACCAAUGACUGUCCAAAGAGUUAAAACAGAGAUGUAUCCAUAGAGCUGUGAUUUAAACUGAGUUUACACACACUGUGAAAAAUGAGGGAAGUUUAAAUAAAGUGAAACUCAGAGAAGUAAUUAUGUUAAAGUCGAUUAACUGGUAAUGAAGUUAUAUUAAAUUAUUGGGUCUGUCACCUGAGGAAAAAACAACAGUUUGCUGAUAUUACCAAAUAACUGCUGAUAUUAUUACUGUGAAUAUACUGCAGAUGGAAUGACAUGUAAUUUUAUGGUACUUUUUUUUUACCUGUUAAUAAAUAAAUUAAUAAAUAAAUAAAGUGAAACACA